GUAGACAUCGAUCAGUCUUUACACUUCUUCUUCUUCUUCUUGUAUGGCUCUCCGGUCCGAAUUCGGUCUAUGGCCUCCUCAAUUCUGCUCUUUACACUAUAACAGGUUCAGGUCCAAAAGAAUAGGAUUGAGUAUAGGAAAAGUUUAAUUCAAAACUUGGAGGCAGCACUACAAGAGGAAAUUUCAGCAAAUGAGUUUUUCGUGCGUAUGAUAGAUGUGUAUAAGAAGCUAAUAGAAAUGCAGGAAGAAAUCAUUGCUGGCUUAAAAAAGAUAACUGAAAUUGGCUGUCCAUAGUUGAAUGAUCAAUCCCUGUUCAUGUAUGAAGUUGGUAAACACUUAAAUGAAAAAGCUGUCUCGUUUCUAAGGUGCCCGAAGGCCGUUAUAGUUGACAAGAUCGCCUUCCAGAUAAAGUGUCUGGAGCAAGCAUGCACUGCGGUCCUACCGAGCUAUUUCUGUCCUGUUAGUGUGGUUUGGUUCUCGGCUCUGAUAUUGUUUGGAUUAUACGUUUACAAGAUUCUCAUACCAGACCUGAAAGCUUUCUGUAUUGGAAUGGUAGACGACACUAAAGAAGUAGUAGGGAAACUCAACAAUGAAAAUCCAGCAAAUAAUGAAGUGAUUGCUGUAUCAGGCCUCAGAGGUGUGUACGGUUCAACAGCUGCGGUCAUAAAAACCUGUCUUCAAAGGGUGAAAUUGAUUGUUAUUGAAGGCCCGAAAAGUUUAUACAAUUCAGUGGUUGAGACCAUAGAUUUCUGUCUUCGAAGAAUGCCCUGGAGAUCCAAGAAGGGAGAUGUACCGGAUGAGACGGCUACUCCUGUCAUGAAUACUAAGACUGUGUCUCCAGAUGAGCAAGGAGGGAGACCGGAAGAAUUGGAUCUGUCUCCAGAGGUGAUGGUCGAGUACCAACAGAAACAGCUCAAGGGUAUGGAACAUUUAGUUGAAGCCUUGGGGACGGCAGUACGAGAGGAAAUUUUAGCAAAUGAGCACUCGGAUUGUAUGCUGGACCACUAUAAGCAAUUAACGGGUCUACAGGAAGAAAUUAUCACUAGUAUGAAAGAACUAAAAUUAUACAUAGAAUCAGAAUAAGAAUCACAGAUUAAAAACAGGUGAAUUUCCCUAUGCAGACAUUAACGGAGGUCGAGGAAGAAGUGGAUUCGUCUUGAUUUUAGAUCUUGCUGUCGCAGUAAGGAUCCUGUCUGGGUUAUUAUGCUAUGUAGCGUGGCAGGAGCUUACCAACAUCUUAGAGGUCCUCGCUUUCUCCGUCGUCAGGCCGACUGGCAGCGCUUCUCAAAUCAUCGCUACCUCGGCUCUAGAGAUACAGACGAUGUCUCCGCAAGUAUUCAGCUUAGGCA